GCGGUGUUUGUGUACGUUCGUCAGAAAAUGUUUUACCUGAAUGUCUGUGCGAUCAAGGUUUCGGGGGUGCAGACUGUAGCAAGUUACUAUGUCCUGGCAAUCCUGCUGUAACAACCGUGGAGAUUGUAUACUAGAAGAUGGUGAUCGUGUCCCCCAUUGUUCAUGUCGACAUAACUUUGUUGGACAAGCCUGUGAACUGUGUGCCAGCCGGUAUACAGGAGCAAAUUGCGAGGAAUGUGUGUAUGGAUAUAUCGGUUGGCCUAUUGGAUGCAACGUCAGCUGUUUUCAUGGGAACGCAUCUGGGAUAAAAGAGAAUAAUUGUGUAUGUCAUAAUGAUAGCAGACUUGGUUAUUGGAGAGGUGACGAUUGCGCGACAUGUCAAGAAGGUUGGGACCAACCUGAUUGCACGAGCUGUGACGUAACACAUGUUGGAGAGAGAUGUGAUAUUUUAUGUUACACUGAGCAUGCGAUGUACGCAGAUCCGAGAGAUGGAGACGAUGGAAAGCUACCUGUAGUACCUAUACUAAAUUGCAUCACAAACCAAUCUCAAGAUACCAUUCUAGCAUGGUUUGGCUACCAUAACAGAAAUCCACAUAAUGUUUAUCUCGAUACCGGACCACUUAAUUCCUUUAGCUCGCCGUCACCGUCCAUAGAACCUGGAGGAGAGUUAGGAUUUCUUAAAAUGUCUUCAGGCAAAACAGGGAAUACGUAUCCAGUGAUUAGGAAAGAUUUGGGGCAGCCAAGGAAGUUUUUAACUGGAGAAUACAAGAAAGUAUUUUCAGUGAACUUAAAGAGGUCAGUGCCUGUCGUCUGGACGUUGGAGUAUCCAAAAUCUAACACAAGAUUGUUUGUUAAAUACGAUCCAAAUAAGAAACAAUAUCCAUCCUGUUCUGGAAUUAAAAGCACAACACAAAUGGAAAUAAAACAAUGUCUGUGCCGUAGAGGUUUCUGGGGUAUAAGUUGUGACAAAGAAUGUCCUGCUGGAUCGUCCUCUCCUUGCAAUGAUCACGGCAGUUGUAACAAGACCACCGGAAAAUGUGUUUGCGAACAAAGAUGGCGUGGUGACAUGAAUUGUUCUUCCUGUUCUCCGGGAUGGACUGGUAAGGACUGUUCCGUUGUCGUCAAUAAAGCUGCAAAUCUCAGCGCAAUCUGCACAGGAUAUGGAGAUUUCAUUACGUUGGAUGGUGUUGGUUAUAGUGUCAAAGGAACUGGCGAGCAUAUCCUGUUUUCAUCAGUUGAUUUGGAGAUUAAAAUAAACAUCGUGCCAUGUUACGGAUCUGAAAGAUGUAUCGACGCUGUCGCUAUGAUAUUGAUGUCAUCUCUCAUGACGAUUCAUGCGCCGAAUGAGGAUGGUGGUGAUCCAACAUUAUGGAUUGACAGAGUGCAAGCAUUUUCUCUUAAAACCGUGUUCAACUCAAAUCAAAACACAUUUACUGUUGAAAGAUUAUCAAGGGGAAGUUUUAAAUUCUACUCUAAACAUCUAAUUCUUGAUAUCAGAAUUUCUGGCCGCUAUCUUGACCUCGCCAUCAGUUUAACCGACAAAACAUGGUGUUUGCAUAGCAAAGGUUUAUGGGGAAGCUGUGAUGGAAAUAGAAUAAACGAUUUCACCCUAAAGAACAGUGUCAACAUUUCCCGAAAUUUCUCAAAUAUCGACAUGAUUUCCCAACAUUUUAUCGAAGUUUUUGUUAGUUCUUGGAGAGUGUCUGGUGAUUCAGUGUUUGGAAAUAACAAAGUGAAAGGGCCUGGCAUGAAAACUGAAGCAAGGUAUUGUCUUCGUUUUCGUGAUAGUGGUGUUACGUCCAGAAACCUGUUUACAUUGGCUGGUGGGGAUGUUACCAUUGAAAUGAUGGUAAAAUCUGAUGGUAUUGAUGGUACUAUAUUGUCAUAUGCAGCUACGUCAACUCUAGCAAUCGUUCUCAAGACAACCGUAAAGAUAAUUUAUAACACGCAGGAAUUUGACACGUUCUUGAACAUGCAACAAGACCGUUGGUAUUUGAUCUCCUUGAUCUGGCUGAAAAGUAACGGAAUUAUCCAGUUUGUUCUAAUUGAAGACUCGGGGAAAACCCAUGUUAGAAAUUUCCCAAUGCGAAAUCAUCAAGAUAUCUUACAGCCAGGCGGAACUCUAAGCCUCGGUUACUGGUUCCCUUCAGGAGGAACUGCUGGGAGCUCUGUUCCAGGAGCUUUCGUUGGGGAAGUGGACGAAGUUCGAAUAUGGAAUAAGCAAAGGCUUGUUACAGACAUUGUUAGCUCACGAUCUAUGCUUUUAGAUUGUGCAUCGAAAGGUCUUGCAAAUUUGUGGCGCUUUGACGAAGGUCAAGGUAGCCUAGCCACUGAUUGCGUUGCAGGAGCUCGUUUCAAUUUCCCCACUCAAGCGCAGGGACCAACAUGGAUGUACUCUAGUGCAAACCUUGAAGUGCAAAGUCUGAUCACGAGUGUUGUAAAUGUGAAUGAAGGGCUUUCGUUGGAAAAGAUCUGCGAGGAUGAGAUAUUCGGUGGCAACAAAAAGUGUCGUGUUUUGAAUGCUGACAUCAAAAUGUUUUAUACUUUGGCAUGUUAUAAAUUGGUUGUGAGCGGUGGGGGGUUGAAGGAGCGAGUUUGGAGCGUUUUUACGUACUUGGAUUAUUGUAAAACAAGCUUAGGUUUAUCUCAUUGGCCUGGAAGUAAAUAUUGUGAUGAAAUACGAAAUCUAGAGCUACCGAGUUGGGUAAGUUUACCUUGUCAGACUGACUGCGCGUUUGGAAAUAUCGUUAAGAAUGCAAGCUGUCAAUGUCAACGUGGGUUCUAUGAUGGAACAUGCUCUCAAGAAUGCCCCGGAGGUUAUGCCGACCCUUGUGGAGGUUUCAGCGACUGUAACAAGGCUUCUGGAACAUGUAGUUGUCCGUUAAAUGCAAAUGUUAGUAGUGAUUGUAAGACUUGCUCUUCGGGUUGGACUGGGGAGAAAUGUUCUGUUGCAAUUACGAAUUUUGCGAGAGAGCAGAAAACGAUUCCUGUAUGUCAGAGUUUCGGUGGUGGACACUUUACGACAUUUGAUGGAAGUAAUUACGACUUCAAAACCCCUGGAGAAUUUUAUUUAAUACGAUCGAAAGGCUUCAUCGCACAAAUACGCCACGAGCCUUGCAUGAACUCAAGCAGAUGCGUCACAGCGAUUGCUUUGGCACUUGGGAAGAGCAAUAUUACAUUGCGUGCGUCAUAUGAGGAAAAGGGAAAACCAUUGUUAUAUAUCAAUCAAUAUAAAUCAGACUACACAAUACGGCACGACAUUGGGGGAGGAUAUGUGUUCAAUCAGGAACAACUAGGCUUAUUCGGGAUAACACGUGGUAAAGAUCGUGUACUUCAUGUUAGAGCUCAAGACACGUUUUUGAUAUUUAGUUUAUAUAGCAGUGUAAAAACGUGCUGGAAUAUCUCAGGUUUGUGUUCAUCUUGUGAUAACAACACUGCGAAUGAUUUUGAAACAACAAAUCUACGCAGAAGAAAAAGAUCAACUGAUGCUCGAACAGAAGACAUUUCAGCAUUCGAAAAACGUUGGAGUGUACUUCCACCUGAUUCUAUGUUUGUUUACAAGGAAGAGGAAGAACGUAAAAUGUCACUGUCAGAAUAUUGUCUGCAGUAUAAUGGAACAGCGGUUGACACUAACACAAUAUAUGGCUCAUUUACAACUAGUGAGGAUGUAACACUCGAGUUCUUUGUCAAAAUAAAAAAGCAUGGUGGGACGAUUUUAUCGUAUGCCUCUGUAAAUACGUUCGGAAUCAUUAAUGACGUGACGAUAAAGAUUCAAUUUUCACGUAAUAUCGUUGAUACUGGAAUAAGGUUGACCACUGGUCAGUGGUAUUGGUUAACUAUUACAUUCAGUAAGCGUACUACGAUCAUGAACGUGUAUUGCUUGGAUGCCAGUGGUGCAAUGAAUCAACGGACAAUGCUUGUACCAUAUGCUUUGUAUUCAAGUGGUGGAGUGCUGGCUAUUGGACACUGGCAAACGACGGGAAGUGGUGCUACUGAUGUUAAUAGAAAACCUUUUGUUGGUUACAUUGACGAACUCAGGAUCUGGGAUGUAAUAAUUGAAGCAGCGGCGAUCGAACAAAGCCGAGAUCGUUUUAUUAAAUAUCAGGUUCCUGGUCUGGUCUCUUUGUGGCUGUUCGAUGAAGGUUAUGGAACUGUUGCGCGUGAUAUAAUUGGUGGUUACGACUUUCGCUUGCCACACGAAGUGAGAGCUCGUCCACGUUGGGUAUUUAGUUAUGCUCGUAUUAGUCAACCUGAAGCACCUCUCGAGAACAUAAUCUGGACCAACGAAACUUUGAAAAAGGAUGCAGAAAAUCUCUGUAAUAAUUUUAUAAUGAAAACUUUAAACAGUGGCGAAUGUGGUAAUGUGUUGGGACUGGCGCAUGCUCAAAAUUAUUACAUGCGUUGUUUGGACGAUGUAAAAAAUUCUGGUGAGAUAAAAUCAGCAUUUCAGUCUGUCGUAAGCUAUGCGGAUUAUUGUCAAAGCAUUUUGCAACUAAAGACGUGGCCUCUUGAUCGGUUCUGUAAUAAAAUACCCAAGGCGUAUGUGGGCAUUAGGAAAGGUCCGCAUUGUAAUGUCACAUGUGUGUUCGGUGAUGUCAUUUCGGGUAAAUGUGUUUGUCAUACUGGAUACUGGGGUGAUGAUUGUUCAGCUGUUUGUCCCGUGGGUGCUAUUAGGCCAUGUAAUGGCAGAGGGUUGUGUGAUCCGAAGACUGGAAAAUGCUCAUGUGAUUACAACUGGCAGGGAAGUGAGAACUGUUCCAAGUGUACCCCAGGUUGGGAGGGAAACGAAUGUACUGUUGUAUCAACAACACAUGGAAACACAUCAUCUGUGGGAUUAACUGGCGGUCAUUAUCAAACAUUCGACGGGGUAAAGUUUACAUUCCUCGCGACUGGGGAGUUCAGAAUCAUACAAAGUUCAGAAAUGGUCGUACAUGUUCGUCAAGUGCCUUGUUUUAACGGACGUUACCGAUGCAUUGAUGGUAUUGCCUUCUUACUGGAUAGCAAAGUGGAAUUAGUAUUACUAGCCACGGUGCCUGGAACAGAAACAGAAACCCCUGUAAUUUGGUUAAACAAGAUGAGAGUAGAACUCAACGAAAUUUCCACUUCAGUUGGUGAAAAGUUUACUUUGGUUAAAACUACAUCAGUAACUCUGGAAUUGCGUUCGUUGGUUUAUAAAGUGAUCAUAAAAAUAAGAUUGGCGGAGAGUGGACUUCAGUACAUUAUUGUUGCCCCGAAGGAAAUAUGCGGAAAAUCUGUCGGUUUGGGUGGUAGUUGUGAUGGCUUACGUGCAAAUGAUCACAAUGAUUCCUCGGGAACACAAUUGGAAAAUCUUUUCCGAGUUCUUCCUUCAUCAAGUCUCUUUUCUGCUGCAAUUGGUUACAAGGAUUUUUCGAGCGUUUUUACUGGUGCGGAGUUUGCUUUAAAAUUUAAUGGUGUAGGAGUAACAACGGAUUUAAUUGGUGAAGUAUUUACUGAGAACUACGUAACAUUAGAAUUACUAUAUCUCAGUGAUGAUGGAAGUGGAACAUUAUUUACGUACAGCAAAGAAAUUACCUUCUCAAUUGUUUUGUUGAAUCGAGAGUUUUGUUUAAAAAUAAACGACAUGGUUAAUCACACAGGAAUUACAACAACUCUUGGCAUCUGGAACCAGAUUGCCGCGGUGUACCAUCGUGAAACAGGACUCUUGUAUUUUUACCACUUAAAUAGUCAUAGGCACAUGAUUGUCAAGUCGUUCUUCGUGCGACGAAAUAUGUUUAGGACUGGAAGUAAAAUCGCAGUUGGACAGUGGAUCCCAGGAGAAAGUGUAGUUUUGUCCUCCUCACAGGGCUUCCGAGGAAAGAUAGACGAGGUUCGUAUUUGGAAUAGACAGUUCUCUGGACCAGAUAUUAGAUCUUCCUGGGGAGUGAACAUUCAAUAUUCUGCUAAAAACCUUGCAAUUCUCUGGAAAUUCAACGAAGGUCGAGGUUUGUUGAUAAAGGACAUUAAAUCUCAUGUUCAUUUGUAUAUUCAAGAAGUCCGCCACACAGUUGAAUGGAUUUAUGGCACAGCGAAGGUGACAAUAUUGCAGAUAGCUUCACCCGUUGCUUCUAACAAAGUGAUUGAUUGGUGUACAGGAAAUAUUCUCAACUCUCCAGUCGGACUAAUUUGCCGACGUCUUGGUGUCCCGAGUCAAACUGUUUAUUAUCGUACGUGCUUGGAAGUGUUAUUAACGAGUGGUGACAUAGCAACUGGUGUGACCAUUGUUGUUGCUUAUUCAGAUUACUGUCAAGUUUCUCUUGGUCUUACAUCAUGGCCUGCACGUUCUCUUUGUAAUAACCCAUCAUUCCCCUUGACGCCACAUAUCCCAUGGACUGGUUCAGCUUGUCAACAAGCUUGUUACUUUGGUACAAGAACCGUACACCGCUGCUCUUGUUUACCAGGAUUUUACGAUACAGAUUGCUCACGUGUGUGCCCAGGUGGCUUUGCAAAGCGUUGCUAUGGAAAUGGUGCGUGCUCUCAAACAACGGGCCGCUGUUCAUGUAAUUAUAAUUGGUAUGGCUCAUCUUGUAACCGUUGUAGACCAGGGUUCUAUGGAAUCGACUGUUCCUUAAACGUUGGAGGCUUCGUAUCAUCAGGACUGAAGACUUCUUUAUCUUUAUCCGGGAGUGGAAAUUUCAUUGGAUUAAACGGUGCUGCUUGGACCUACCGUGGUGCAGGUGAAUUUGAUGCAAUUGUUUCUAGAAGACUCGGUGUUAGUGUUCAACUUCGGCAAGUGACAUACGGUAGAGGAGUUGCAGUUCGUUGUGUUAGAAUUCAAGCAAGUAAAGGAGUACUCGAAAUCCACAGCGGAGUUCGAACAGGAGUUAUAAUUACCUUUAAUGGAAAACCUAUUGAUCGCACCAAAAACAUCGUAAUCGGAUCUGGCUUUGUUUACAGCAAACGUUCCCACAAUAAACUAGAAAUCAACGGACCUGAAGGUUUCUCUAUGUUUCUCUACUACAGAAAAGUUUAUUUUGGUGUUCAAGUCAGCAUGGAUAAAUCAUUCUGCCGUGACUCAUGUGGUGUAUUUGGAAAUUGUGGGGAUUCAAAGAAUGUUAAUUGCACAUCAACUGGAUUACUAGAACGCUAUAACAAGGCACGAAUAAGCCAACAGGAUAUUGAUGAGUUUAUGAACACAUGGUUAAUUCCUAGAAAUGAAAGCCAAUUCCAAGACGUUCUCGCAGUUGCCAAAGAGACCGUUAGCAUUACAGCAGCUGGCACGUGUUUGUACUUUUUCCAAAAUGCUAUCAUCACACCGCCAUUUGUGGACGUAUUUCAUGGAAACUAUGUCACCAUGCAGUUUUAUAUUAAAGUUAACGACAUUGAUACAGAGGGAACUAUCUUGUCAUUCGUCUUAAAUACGAAUUUCGCUCUUAGAAUAAACGGAACAUUGAGGAUUCACUUUGGUGUAAAAAUGUACGACACAAAUAUAUAUCUAGAAAUUGCAAAAUGGAACCAUAUCACGUUUGUUUACCAACGUGUGGUUGGAAUACUUGAAGUAUAUGUUCGGCAUUCUGAGAAAGCAAUGAUGACGAAGGUAAUAAAAAUUGGAUUAGGAGCUUUUGAACCUGGGGGUAAGCUCGCCCUAGGUCUAUGGCAGGCUACAACAGAAGUAAUCACUGCUCCUGGAGGAUUUAUUGGUUGGAUUGAUGAGUUGGUUAUUUGGAAUAAACGUUUUGAUAUCACGCUGAUUAACAACUAUAUCCGAGUGAGUAUUGUGAAAAGUAUCGACGGUAUUUUAGGGUUAUGGAAGUUCAAUGAAGGAACAGGGUUGGUUGCAAAGGAUCUUGUUGGGUCUUUACAUUUCCAUCUUCCGGGAUCUCCGUGGAGUUCGCCAUCGUGGGUGCCAUCUGAUCUCUACAUCGCUGUUCAGUCUGGAGGAAUAUCUAGAAUUGAGGCAUCAGACAAUAAGACCGAGUCAAUUUGUAGAAAAAUAUUCAAUUCGAAGUCAUUGAAUGAUUCAUGUGGGUCGAUGGAUGAACGAAAAGAAUUUUCUUACCAAUCGUGUGUGCAAGAUGUUCUCUCAAGUGGUAUGGUUGACGCUGGAAAGGAUUCUGUGAUGUCGUUUGCGAGAGAAUGUCAGAUUGCACGAAAUCUUACCACUCUCCCUGGGAACGACUUGUGUGACGUCUUUACUGACGAACGUUACGAUGAUUGGUCUGGAAAUAAGUGUGACGUCAUAUGUAUUUUUGGUACUAUCCAGAACAGCACUUGCCGCUGUGAUGUUGGAUAUUGGGGUGUCACGUGCUCGCGGGAAUGUCCCGGGGGAGCUUCAAAUCCCUGUAACAAACGCGGAACAUGUGACGUCAUGUCUGGUGUAUGUACAUGCAAUUGGAAAUGGCGUGGUGAUUUUGGUUGCAGCCGAUGCACUCCUGGAUGGAUGGGAAGUGCUUGUGCAAUAGCCAUACCCAAACCUCUUCGACCUACGCCGACUGUGACUGCGAUUGCCGGACCAGGUGGAAUACUAAUUGCGGGUGACGGGACAACGAUUCGUUUGAAUAGUGUCGGGGAGUUUACCGUUUUGAAAGGUGGGAAUAUUGAUGUCCAAGUACGCCAAGUGCCUUGUCGUGAUGGGAAAUCUGUGUGUUUAAAUGCUGUUGGUGUUUCUGUCGGAUCCACUAGAAUAAGUAUUCAUGCCCCGUACGAAGAUGGAGAAGAUCCUGUUAUCAUGAUCAACGGAACUAAUAUUGGUACGGUCGGAAAAAGUCAAGCAGAUAAAGCUGGAGUUAAUGUUAGUUUUCCGGGUCCAAAUGAAGUAAAAAUUGAUGGUGGAGGUAAAAUUGCAAUUCGAGUAAACAUCAAGGGACAACAUAUGACUUUAGAAUCUACCACGUCGACAUCAUUGAAUAAAAAACUAGGCGGUCUUCUCGGCUCUUUUAAUAAUACAUCCGCAAGCAACGAAUCCGUUCCUUCUUUAAAAGAUGUACUUAAUGCGACUAAUUUCGACGUAGCUGUUCGUAAAGUGUUCGGGAUAUCCUCCUCGUCACAACGGACGAUCGUAUUAGAUAAGAAGCGGCAUGAAACUGUUCUGGUUUACGGUGGUGGAUUUUCCCUGUUUUUCAAGUUCACAGCGAUAUUUUCAAAACCAGUUACAAAUUUGUUCAUCGAAAAUGUAAUAACUUUAGAAAUGAUGGUAAAGAUGAAUUGCGAACCUUCAAUUUGUGGUGGACCAAUAUUUUCCUAUACUUCCUUUGAGACAGUCUACAUAUCCACCUACUCCACCCUAAGAGUGAUCAUCGGUACAAACAUGUAUGAUUCAGGUUUGCAAGUUCAGGUAGGACACUGGAAUCAAAUUACAAUGACAUUCUGGAGUUUAAGGCUUGAGAUGUCGCUUUGCCUCACGUUAUCCCAGGGUACAUUACUUUGUAAGUCCUUCAAAGUUUUCACAAAUCCUUUUCUGACCGGAGGAACUAUUGUUAUUGGCGCAUGGCAACCUUCUCCUAAUGGACGGCUGGGACUCGUGCCCACGACAACUUUCGUAGGGGAAAUUGAUGAAUUUCGUUCUUGGAAUCGCGCCUUUGAUUACGCAUUACUUCAACAGCAUUGGUUAGUGAAUUUAACACCAGAUAUCGAUGGUCUGACUGGGUUAUGGAAGUUCAACGAAGGAGUAGGAAAAAUUGUGAAAGAUCUUGUUGGUAAAAACCAUUUCUAUUUUCCUGGUAAACCGUGGAAUAGGCCUGUAUGGUAUUACUCAGAUUUACCAAUUCCUUAUAAAGGCAUUUCAAGGCCUGAUGUAGAAAAUGAUAUCAUUAACCAGCUCGCGAAUUCGACAUGUUCUCUGCUUUUCCAAAGUGGUCCUUUAAAAGACUAUUGUUCUAGUCUUCCUUCUUUAACACGUGGACAAUAUUACGAAAUGUGUGUUGAAACAGUUACAGAUACAGGACGAAAUACUAGCAGUUUGGAAAGUGUCUUGUUAUAUUCUGAUUAUUGCAUGAAAACACUCAUCCUCGAUCUCUGGCCAGCGCAAUCUCUUUGUAAUAAUUUCCCGGGAGAGCUGUUCCCCAAAUGGAUUGGAGAAAACUGUGACGUUCCUUGCGUGUUUGGCACGAAAGACAAAAAAGAUCAUGAGAAAUGCAAAUGCAACUUUGGAUACUGGGGAGUGGCUUGUGAUCAAACUUGCCCAGGUGGAGUUAAGACCCCAUGUACGAACCAUGGUACUUGUGAUCCAAAUUCCGGGCGAUGCACAUGCGAACUUGAGUGGAUUGGUAACGAUGACUGUUCCACCUGCGCAGCUGAGUGGACUGGGAAUGAUUGCUCGUUAGCUAUAUCAGAAGUGACUGUAGUAAGCGGAGGUAUUCGAUUUUCUGGAAUGUUUGGUUCAUCUUUAUUUACAACCCUCGAUGGUCAUAGUUUUACACUGGGUGUAAUUGGGGAAUAUUAUCUUUUCUUUUCUAUACAUGUCCAUUUUUCAGUUCAAAUUCGUUUGGUUUACUGCAAUGGUCGUUCAUCGUGCGUUAAUGCCAUCGCUUUUCGCACAGCCAGCCACACCCUAGUUCUACAUGGCCCUUAUACAACCGCUGGUUAUCCUGUUUUAUGGCUUGAUGGCUCCGUUAUCGAUUUGGAUGAGCAUCACGUGGCCACCUCAGUCUAUGGUUUCCUUCUGCAAAAAGAAUCAAUGUCUCUAUAUAUCUUUGAAUAUUCAACAUUUAAAAUAUCAAUUCGAGUACAAGGUCGAUAUCUCAGCUUCAUAUCCAAGGUUUCUGGGGUGAUCUGCGAUCAUUCGUAUGGUUUAUUAGGCUCUUGCAAUAAACCAUUUCUAGAAAGUCUGUAUCCUGGUUUUCCACUGAGUAACUGCACGGAGAAUUCGUCGGUGGGAAGAGUAAAUUACUAUGAGAUCAAGAAUGUCACAACCAAAGUUAUCGAAAAACUUGUACAGAAUGUCAAUGUUCAAGCAUGUGACAGCCUCUUCAUAUACCAAUAUGGCUCAUACCAUGAAUAUCGAAGCUCGAACGCAGGAUAUGCGCUACAUUUCCAUCAAACGGCCAUUGUCUCUGGUUUGAUACAACAGCCUUUUGAAACGAAUGAUAUUACCAUAGAGUUUUAUAUCAAAAUCAACAGCGCUGGAGUGAUUUUCAGCUACACAAGACUCAAAACAUUCGUUCUUACUGUGACUUCUACUCGUUAUACUUUCUAUUUUGGAGACAAGAAAUUUGAUACAAACAUUGCAGUACAACUUAACCAUUGGAAUCAAAUUGUAUUAGUGUUCAAAAAAAUCGGCCAUAUAUUACAACUUUACCAUUUCAACUCUAAAGGGCAGCUUACCAGACAAGAUUUUAGUACACCGGAGGACAUUUUUCCGCCUGGAGGAGUGUUAGCAAUAGGAGCUUGGCAGCCGUCUGUGGACGGAUCUGGGCCACAACUGCGAGAGUAUUUUACAGGGUUUAUUGAUGAGUUUAAAAUAUGGACAAUGAGUUAUCACCCGGCAGUUGUAAGUCAAGCAUGGUUGAGAGAGGUUGGUGUAAAUACACAGAAUUUAGGUAGACUCUGGAAGUUCGAUGAGGGAGAAGGUGUUUUUGCCAAAGAAGAUCGAACAGGAAGUGUGUUGGAUUUAGAAACAUCCCCGUGGCGUAGUCCAGUUUGGGUUUAUUCAGAACUUCACCUAAAGUCCCCAUUACCAGGAACAGCAAGCACAACUCUUCCUUGGAAUAUAACGUUUGAAAAUAUCGCUCAGUCAUUUUGUACAAAAAUUAUCACUCAAGGUCCUUUACAUUCAUCUUGUAAUCAACUGGGAACUGCUGUAUCAACCUUUUAUUUCAAAGCUUGUGUCAGUGCUAUUAUGACAGCUGGAGACAUUACUGCAUCGCUGGACAUAGUUAUCGCAUACUCAGAUUACUGUCAAGCUAUCCUAGCUUUACCCUCAUGGCCUGCAAUACAACUCUGUAAUAGAUUUCCCGGGAAGGAGUUUCCGAUUUGGUUUGGGCGUCUUUGUGAUAAAAAGUGUUAUAACAGAGAUUAUAAAGCAUCCGUUGAUUCUUGUGUUUGUCGCCAAGGCUACUGGGGCCCCGAGUGCCAGAACAUUUGCCCGGGCGGAGCAUUACAUCCCUGUAAUGAUCACGGUAUUUGCAGUCAAAAUACAGGUGAAUGCCUUUGCCAUGACAAUUGGAGUGGAUCACGUGAUUGUGGUGUAUGUGGAAUAAACUGGGAGGGCGUUGAUUGUUCAUUAGCUAUUGGAAGACACGUUUCAUCUGCUCAACUGUUUGUAUUUGCUGUGGUUGAUGUCAGUGCUUACUAUGUGACAUUUGAUGGCAUGGGAUUCCAUCUCGCUGUAGUGGGAGAAUACUAUCUUUUAAAAACACGCCUAUAUAUAGAUCAUUAUGUAACAGUUCAAGUCCGUCAUUCACCAUGCGCAUCACACAGUGUGUGUAUCGUAGCCGUCGCAAUCGAGUUAUCAAGCACAACUAUCGUCAUUCACGCACCAAUGUCAAAUCAAGGUCCACCUUUUAUUUGGGUUAACAAUAAUCAAGAAACAAUCACUCAGAAAAAUACUCGAUUUGGAACUGGUAACGCUGAACUAGUGAUAACAAAGGAUACUCGUACAGCCUAUGUUAUCAAGCACAGGGAUUUGUUUUCAUUAGGAGUUCAUGUGGUUGGUACUGCACUUUCGUUGAAUGUGGAUAUUAAAAAAACCAACUGUAGUGGAUAUGGAAUCCUUGGUGACUGUGAUGGUAACCCUGAAAAUGAUUUGCCACCCCGCAACGGAAGCGUUUCCCUUGGAAACCAGAGCUUUGCUAUUCAUAAUGUCAGCCAAGGUGAAUUGAACAAAAAGUUGGUUAAGUUUGUUGAAGUAGCUAAGAGCGAUAGCUUGUUUAUUGUUGUGGACAUUAUAUAUCCAAGAAGAACGUUGUUUACUGGUGCAAGAUAUGCCUUAAAUUUUCAACAGAAUGGCUUAAUAUCUCAGGCAUUGUUUAAGACAUUUAAAACUGGCACAGAUAUUACAAUAGAACUUCUUUUCAAAGCAUUUUCUAACGGGACUCUACUCUCUUACGCUCAUAUGAAAACAUUCGGAAUAGUAAUAGACAGUAACCUUCGUCUUGAGUUUGGUCGUGAUUGGUCAAAAGACACUGGUAUUUACAUCAAAGUGGCAACGUGGUAUCACUUGACUAUCACAUGGCAUUAUUCUCGCAAUUUAGUAGAAAUAUACGUAAUAACAAAAAAUGGCGCUAUUAAUCGUAGACAAUUCAACAUCACUGAGAAUCCUAUUUUGCCUGGUGGCAUUUUAACCCUCGGAUAUUGGGAACCUUCAUCUGGGGAUACAGAGAUUCGUAUUCACGACGUUUUUACGGGCGUUAUUGAUGAGUUACGGGUAUGGCAUCGGGCAUUUAACCCUGUUACUGCUCAACAAAAUUGGAGAAUGAAUGUUCUUCCUAACACGCCGUCUCUAUCUGGGUUAUGGAAGUUCAACGAAGGCUCAGGAGAAACAGUACACAACCUAGUUACCUCAGAACAUUUGUUCUUACCAUUGGAAGUUUGGUCCCAAUCGGCAUGGAUCCUGUCUGAUGCUGAUGUUGCUUUGAACCUGAGUAAUGUUGAACAAUCUUUCGAAAAUCAUUUUGCAAAUAACACAAUACAAGACUCGGCCAUAGCGUGGUGUAAUGAUCUGUUUUAUCGUGGGCCCUUGUAUAACCAUUGUAAAAAUCUUGGAGCAAUUGUGCAGUUCUACUAUUUAACUUGUGUUCAAACCAUUGCACGGACAUCACAAUUGCGUUCUACGUUAUCUAUUGUAGUGCAGUUCUCGGAUUACUGUAAGAAAUCAUUGUCAUUAUCCAACUGGCCUGCACGUGAAUUAUGUAAUCAUUUCGGUGAUAUCGAGUUUCCUUACUGGAUUGGUGACAAAUGUGACAUACCGUGCGUCUUUGGGCGAAGGGAUACCAAGGAUAAUAAUAAGUGUCAGUGUUACACUGGAUACUGGGGAAGUGACUGUUCUGAAGUGUGUCCUGGGGGAUACACUAACCCUUGUCACGGGCAUGGAGUGUGUAGCCCUCGUAAUGGCGUAUGCAAAUGUGAUUUAAAUUGGAAAGGUGAUGUCACUUGCUCAACAUGCAGUUCUGAUUGGUUCGGUGACGUGUGUCAAUUUUCUGCUGUAAGACAUUUGAAAAAAUUCUCAAUCGCCUCUGUUAAAGGUCAAGGUUACUUUACAACUUUUCUCGGAAUUUCCUUCCAUCUACCAAAUUACGGGGAAUUUUACCUUGUGCGAUCAAGAUCCUCACAUUUCACCGUACAAGUGCGUCAAACACCGUGUAUGUAUCACUCUUUAUACCGACCACUUUGCACAACUGGUAUCUCAAUACAGUUCAACCGUCAUUUGUUUGUCACGAUAAGAUCACGUGUAACAAAUGUGAACAUAUAUUAUCCACUUCUGUGGACCAAUGGAAAGCCGGUUAGGGUCGACCAUGUGACCUACUUUAGUUCAAGUAUACGCAUGACAAGAAUUUCGCUAAACCGUUACGAGAUCACUGGACCAAAUGGAAUGCUGAUUAUGCUAACCGUAGGACAAAGUCUCUCGUUUCGUCUGCGAUUACCGACAAUAUUUUGUAAACAUUCCACCGGAAUCCUUGGCUCUUGUUUGGAACGGUUAUCUUAUCAAAAUAUAACUGAUAUUCAAACCUUAAAUGAUGCAAUCAUAAACGGAACAGUCGACAAAUCCGAUAGCCAAUUUGUCUACAAACAGGAACAUUUUCAUGAAUUACGACAUAUUACUGGAGCCUGGUUUAAUAUGCGCAUUAUCGAUAGCCAGGUCGUCUCAGAUUUGUUGUCGCUAGGUAACCAUGACGUCAUCACGAUUGAGAUAUUUGUUAAGAUCAAGAGUUAUGGUGGUACGUUACUAUCUUACGGUAAAGAUGAGUACCUGAAAGUUACAAAUGAAAGAAAUAUACGAGUAGUGUUUGGUUCAGUUGAGUAUAAAACAGAUCUGAAAUUUGGAAUUAACGUUUGGUCACAAAUAACGUUGGUGUGGAUAAAGUCAACAUUUGUGCUUCAAGUUUAUUAUCACGAUUAUCUCGCGUCGUUUGGGUUACCUCUUCUAAGGACCUACCAGUUUAACACACAUGUAUUCCCAAUUGAAGGUCAUCUAUAUAUUGGGUCAUGGCGGGCAGGAAAAAGAGCGACAAUCCUUGUUCCAGAAGGAGACUUUAAUGGUGAAGUAGAUGAAAUUCGGAUCUGGAAUAGAAUAUCAAUUCCUGAUGUAAUCAAGCGGCACUGGAACAUCAACUCCAAAGCCUCGUUACCUGGUUUGUUACAUCUCUGGAAAUUUGAUGAAGCACAAGGACCCAGUGCAGUUGAUCCAAUUUCUGGGAAAAAAUUACACCUUCCACUCUUUAAUAAACCUGUUUGGGAUUUCUCAGACCUUCCCAUUCCAAGAAAUGAUUUAGAUCUAAAAGUAGUUUUCCAGAAUUUCACGCUCAAAGUCCUUGCUGAAGAGUUUUGUUAUUCAGUUAUAUUAGCAGGUCCUCUUCAUGACGAAUGCCAAUCACUCGGACCUGCGGUUACAGCAUUUUAUUACAAAGUAUGUUUACAGGAUGUUGCUUCAACACAAACAGUUUCCAUGGCAAUAGAGACGGUGAUUGCGUAUGCGGACUAUUGUGAAGAUGCUCUUGAUUUGAGUUUCUGGCCUGCUCGUGAGUUAUGUGAUCUUUUCCAAGGUGAAUACUUCCCGUAUUGGAUUGGACCAAAGUGUGAUAUUUCGUGUGUGUUUGGAAGCCCUGCCUAUAAAAACGGAUCCUUGGUUUGCGUCUGCGAACAUGGAUAUUGGGGACGUGCAUGCGACAGUUUAUGUCCUGGGGGAUUGUGGGAUAUUUGUAGUAACCAUGGGUCAUGUGAUCCAAAUAAUGGCACGUGUACUUGCGAUUCGAGGUGGCAAGGUGGUCUAAAGAAUACAACUUCUGGUAACGUAACUCUCACUCCAAUCCCAUGCUCGGUUUGCACAACUGGUUGGAGAAAUCAAAACUGUUCAAUUAGUGUUGAAACUGAAUACUCGAACUCAAGCUAUCUAAAGGACUCGGCCAUUUGUGUAUCGUUCGGUGAUCCUCAUGUGACAACAUUUAGCCGUGCCAGUUAUCAUCUUGGUAUAACGGGACCAUUUGAGACAUUUAGAUCCCGAUCUAGUGUGAUAGAAGUACUGCAGGUACCAUGUAAAAAUUCGCAGAGAUGUAGAAGAAUUCGAGAAAUUGCGUUGAAGACACAAUCUUUGAGUACUUCCGUGAGGAUUUCAAGAUCAGGGAAAGUCUUUAGCAAUCUCAGUUCUAGUCUGGUACAGGAUACUACAUUAAGGUAUUCGACAUCGUGGCAAGCAGUUGGUAAAGAAAGAUAUCGUUGGCUAGAUAGAAAUCGUUUGGAAAUCCUGGACAGAGACGAUACCAAAUUAACAAUAUUAGCGUACUUUGAUACUUUAGCCUUUGCCAUUGAAGUGUCUAGAAAACUGAACAGUGGUGGACAAGGAAUGUGUGGAUCAUCGAAUGGAGACUGGGAGCGAGAUAUCCUGGAGUCAAGUAAUAUGACAUCAUCAAAUAAGACAACAACAUUCUUACCACUGGAUGACUUCACACAAGCCACCCACGAUGAUUAUAUUAACAAGUUGAUUCGAGUAAAGAGCACGAGAAUGAUCACAGGAUAUGCAGUGGCAUACAGGACAGGUGGUGGAUACAUGCUGAGGCUAGGGAUAAAUUACCUAUCACUAAUCGUUGACUUCACGUAUCCAGUUCUUUCAGAGAUCAGCAUUGAACUGUGGAUAAAGUUAUCUGUGUUUGAAGCAAAGACGACAGUUGGAGGAGUACUAAAAGGGAAACGAGUCUUGUAUAGUAUAACACAAAAUGAAAAUAGUUUGACUGUCUGGUAUGACAAUCAGGUGGUUAUAAAAUGGGGGAAUCAGACAAUAAAAACGGGUUUGAUGGUAAACAACUCUCUCUGGACGCAUCUUUCGUUAACGUGGAGAAACACGGAUGGACGACUUGUUAUAAUGCUGGUAGAUAAUAAUGGUCAGGCAGAGAAGUCAAUUCACUAUGCUAUCAUGAUCAAUCAUUUCUUCUAUGUUGAUAAGGGAUUUUAUUUGGGGAAUGAUGGAAAAGAAAAACUUUCCAGUAUUGAAUUGGUUGUUGAACUUGAUGAACUUCGAAUUUGGCAGUUUGCACGUAAAGAUGAAGAUAUUAUCAGAGGAUUGAUGGUGAAGGUACAGGGCUAUAAUGCUGGAUUAAUCAUAUUUUUUGGUUUUGAUGAAGGGUAUGGCAAGACCACAAAUGGCACAUUAUUUGAACUCAGUGACAACGCUACAACAGCUGGUUUCUAUUACCGUGGAAACAAGUCCUUGGACAGAGAAAUCGUUUGCGAGAUGAAACCCAAAAGUGUAAAUCCUAUCUGGAAACCCUCAGGUGCACCUUAUUCCAACGUAGGUGAUUAUGAAAUUAGUUUUGACUCCAGGAAGUUCAAGAGUGAGGCUGAAAAUAAAUGUCAUAAAUUGUUCUAUACAGGAAAACUGUACAAAUACUGUAGUAGCAAGCUUGUCACUCAAACUUUGUUUUAUUACGAAGCCUGCCUAAUGGAUGUUGCUCAUUCAGGAAACAUAGAACACAGUAAAUUAUCAGUGAGCACCUUUGCAUUUUAUUGUCAGAAAGUUUUAGUCGUCCGCUCUUGUCACUUACAUGGCUUUUACGAUGGUUUCCUGGCUUGUGAUGUGGAAUCUGGUUUUGAAGUGAUUCAUAUUGUUUAUAUAAGUGUUGGUGGUUUCAUUCUCCUUCUGCUCAUUCUUCUGUGCAUUAUUCUGUUGUGUAAAAGACGACGAAAGAAAAAGAAAUUUAAUGAAAGCCAUGGGACAGCGGUUGGUUUGAGGGCCAUAUCAUCACCAGAAAUGUAUAAAGGUUUUGGGGAUGACGAUAGUAAUGCUGGUGAUUUAGGACAGUCUGACACAGCGAAGGAGGCAGCAUCAAAGUAUAAUCAUGGUUUACUUGAAGGCCCGGAUGAGGAAGAUAGUAGCAAAAAGUUGCAAGAAAGUUCGUUUUGAAUAAGAUUAAGUAAAUAGCUAUUUAGAUUAUAACUCUUUAAUUACACAAUUUAAUUUGACUAUAGGAGGACUUAAUUUGUCUUGAAACAUAAUUUUUAUUAAAUAAUAAUGAACAAAAUAAGUACAUAGCAAAGUGACAAUGUAGAUAUAUAAUUUGUUCGAUGUUAAAAGUUGCGCAGAACGAUGCACUAUGAAUCUGCAUGGCGCAUGAUACUCAAAUAUUACUGUAAUCACGUAUCUAAUCAGUUUCCUUAUAUAUAUGGUUUAAAUUUUAGCAAUUUGCACAACAAUUACUUGUUAUUUUAAUAUAUUUUUGUGGUAUAUGUAUAGUCUACACUUGCGUUAUGUUAUUAUUGGUCGCGAGUUGGCGGUAACAUGAACUCGAUAGAUCAGAUUCUAAUAAUCUUAUAAAUAA